CCCUCCAAGUCCCAGUGGCCCCUGGGCUGGGGCCCUUGUGGGCGGAGGCAGAGGGGGAGCUAGGGGCGGGGAAAGAAGUCUUGGAGUUCGAGAUUGAGACAGGGUAGCCGGGAAGGCGGCUAGCUGCGGAGGAGUUGGGCCAGCCGAGGGGCUCCCGCUGUGCCAGGCGGGCAGUGCCAAAUCCCAGGAGCCCAGACGUGGGGGGAGGGCCGGGGACCAACCCGGCCCUGCCCCCUUCCCGAGCCGAGGUGCCCAUCAACUUCGGAAGAAAGUUUGGCAUCGAUUGCCCUGGUGGUGUCUUGAGGAUGGGCAGGGUCCCGCUGGCCUGGUGCUUGGCGCUCUGCUGCUGUUGGCGGUAUGCCGCUCCUAAGGACACACAGACCGAGGUGGAUAGCCCGUUCGUGGGGAACCCAGGGAACAUCACCGGUGCCAGAGGACUCACAGGGACCCUGCGUUGUGAGCUCCAGGUUCAGGGGGAGCCCCCUGAGGUGAUGUGGCUUCAAGACGGACAAAUCCUAGACCUGGCUGAUAACACCCAGACCCAGGUGCCUCUGGGCGAAGACUGGCAAGAUGAGUGGAAAGUUAUCAGUCAGCUCAGAAUCUCAGCCCUGCAACUCACAGAUGCAGGAAAGUACCAGUGUGUGGUGCACCUGGCAGGACGAACCUUCGUGUCUCAGCCUGGCUUUGUAAAGCUGGAAGGUCUCCCAUACUUCCUGGAGGAGCCUGAAGACAAAGCUGUGCCUGCCAACACCCCCUUCAACCUGAGCUGCCAGGCACAGGGACCCCCGGAACCUGUAAACCUACUCUGGCUUCAAGAUGCUGUUCCCCUGGUCCCAGUCCCAGGACACAGCUCUCAGCACAGUCUGCAAGUCCCAGGCCUGAACAAGACAUCUUCUUUCUCGUGUGAAGCCCACAAUGCCAAGGGCGUCACCACCUCCCGCACAGCCACUAUCACAGUGCUCCCCCAGAGGCCUCACAAUCUCCACGUGGUUUCGAGACAGCCCACGGAGCUAGAGGUAGCUUGGACCCCUGGCCUGAGUGGCAUCUACCCACUUACCCACUGCAACCUGCAGGCUGUGCUGUCAGACAACAGGGUGGGCCUCUGGCUGGGAGAGCCAGAUCCUCCGGAAGAGCCCAUCACGUUGCAAGUAUCUGUGCCCCCCCACCAGCUUCGGCUGGAAAAGCUCCUUCCUCAUACCCCAUACCACAUCCGGGUAUCCUGCACCAGCAGCCAGGGCCCUUCGCCCUGGACCCACUGGCUUCCGGUGGAGACCACAGAGGGAGUGCCCUUGGGCCCCCCCGAGAACGUUAGCGCCAUGCGGAAUGGGAGCCAGGCCCUCGUGCGUUGGCAGGAGCCAAGGGUGCCCCUGCAGGGCAUCCUGUUAGGGUACCGGCUGGCUUAUCGAGGCCAGGACACCCCCGAGGUACUUAUGGAUAUAGGGCUAAAGCGAGAGGUGACCCUGGAACUGCGGGGGGACAGGCCCGUGGCUAACCUGACUGUGUCUGUGGCUGCCUACACCUCUGCUGGGGAUGGGCCAUGGAGCUUUCCUGUGCCCCUGGAGCCUUGGCGCCCAGGGCAAGGACAGCCACUCCAUCAUCUGGUGAGUGAACCCCCAUCUCCUGCCUUCUCGUGGCCCUGGUGGUAUGUACUGCUGGGAGCAGUUGUGGCCGCUGCCUGUGUCCUCAUCCUGGCCCUGUUCCUUGUCCAUCGGAGGAAAAAGGAGACCCGCUACGGGGAGGUGUUCGAGCCAACAGUGGAAAGAGGUGAACUGGUAGUCAGGUACCGCGUCCGAAAGUCCUACAGUCGGCGGACCACCGAAGCCACCUUGAACAGCCUGGGCAUCAGCGAAGAGCUGAAGGAGAAACUACGAGACGUCAUGGUAGAUCGGCACAAGGUGGCCUUGGGCAAGACCCUUGGAGAAGGAGAGUUUGGUGCUGUGAUGGAGGGCCAGCUCAACCAGGAUGAUUCCAUCCUCAAGGUCGCUGUGAAGACGAUGAAAAUUGCCAUCUGCACAAGAUCAGAGCUGGAGGAUUUCCUGAGCGAAGCUGUCUGCAUGAAGGAAUUUGACCACCCCAAUGUCAUGAGGCUCAUUGGCGUCUGUUUCCAGGGUUCUGACAGAGAAGGUUUCCCAGAGCCUGUGGUCAUCUUGCCCUUCAUGAAACACGGAGACCUACACAGUUUCCUCCUGUAUUCCCGGCUCGGGGACCAGCCAGUGUUCCUGCCCACUCAGAUGCUAGUGAAAUUCAUGGCCGACAUUGCCAGUGGUAUGGAAUACCUCAGCACCAAGCGAUUCAUACACCGGGACUUGGCUGCCAGGAACUGCAUGCUGAACGAGAACAUGUCCGUGUGCGUGGCCGACUUCGGCCUCUCCAAGAAGAUCUACAACGGGGACUAUUACCGCCAAGGGCGCAUUGCCAAGAUGCCAGUGAAGUGGAUUGCCAUCGAGAGUUUGGCAGAUCGGGUCUACACCACCAAGAGUGACGUGUGGUCCUUCGGUGUGACAAUGUGGGAGAUCGCCACCCGAGGCCAAACCCCCUACCCAGGAGUGGAGAACAGUGAGAUUUAUGACUACCUACGCCAGGGAAAUCGCCUGAAACAGCCUGUGGACUGUCUGGAUGGCCUGUACGCCUUGAUGUCUCAGUGCUGGGAGCUGAACCCUCGGGACCGGCCGAGUUUUGCAGAGCUUCGGGAAGAGCUGGAGAACACGCUGAAGGCUCUGCCCCCAGCUCAGGAGCCUGAGGAAAUUCUCUACGUUAACAUGGAUGAGGGCAGAAGCCACCUCGAACCCCGUGGUGCUGCUGGGGGAGCUGACCCCCCAGACCAACCGGAUUCAAAGGAUUCCUGUAGCUGUCUCACUGCGGCCGAAGUCCACUCGGCUGGACGCUAUGUCCUUUGUCCUUCGACGGCCCCAGGACCCACUCUGUCUGCUGACAGAGGCUUCCCAGCACCCCCAGGGCAGGAGGAUGGAGCCUGAGGCAAUCUUCCACCUGGGACACUCGCUCAGGAUCCAAGCUAGGCACU